CUUUAUGUAAGAAAGAUUGUAGGUUAGUAAGUUUAAAGAAUUGUAAAGUUUAAUAGUUAUUUUAUUUCUGAUCUUUAAUUCUGAAAUUUAUAUAGAAUAUCGAAAUAUUGAGUUAUUUUCUUAAAAAAAAAAAAUAAAAUUUAUCAUAAAAAAAUUUAAAAAGAAAAAGCAGGACACAUUGAAAAAAUCUAAAUAUUUUUAUUAUUAUAGUUUAUUCAAAAUUAAUGUGAAAUCAUAUAUAAAGUAUAUAUCAAUUUAUUUACAUUCAAUUUUUAAUUAUUAAUUUUUUAUUUUAAUUUUAUGAAAAUUAUGAAUAAAAAUAAAAAAUCAACGAAAAAAUGUAAUGUACAACAAAGAAAUAGUACAACAAACAAUAUACAAGAAGUUUCACUUAAAAAAAAUAUGAAAGAUGAUUUGGGAAAUGAUUCUCCUCAACAUUCCUAUGAGUCACAUGUUUCUGGUCACAGUACACCAAUUCGAAAAAAGGAAUAUGUUAUUGAUAUAGAAGAUUCUCCUGAAUUAAAUUAUCGUUGUAGUCCAAUUUCAAUGCCUUGUACUCAAGAUGGAGGUAAUGAAAUUGCUUGGGAUUGGCAAACUCCUGUUAAUAAAAAUUCCUAUGAUAAAUCUAAAUCAUCAAAUAAACUUAUUGAAACUCCAAAAAGAACCAAACAGUUGCAAAAGAAGCGAAAUUCUAAUUCUCCAUUAUUGCAAAAGCCACUUAAAAGGAAACAAGUGAAAAUGGAAAAUAUAGAAAAUAUUGGAAAAUUGACAGCUGAAUUAAAAGCCUUAAGUGAAAAGAUGCAAAAAAUACAAAAAAAUUAUGAUAAUGAUAUUAUUGAGAAAGAGAAUGAUACAAAAUGUGAAGUUAGUAGUAAGUUGAUGAUAGAAUUGGAUAGUGAUAAUAGUGAUGAAAUAAUGGUUAUUAAUAAUGAUAAAUCAAAAAUGAAUUCUGUUGUUAUUAAUAGUAAUAAUAACUUUACUAAUUAUGAAGAUUUAUUUGAUGAUUCAAUUGAUGAUUCAAUGGUAAAAUGUAGUCAAGAAAUUGAAGAAAAAUUAAAUUUGUGUAAAAAUAAAAGAAAUGAUAUAAUGGAAUUAUCUAUAGUAAGUGAGAUAAAAGAAUUAUCUUCCACGUCUGAAAAGUCUUAUUAUCUAACUACGUCUAGUACUUCUACCGAAUAUUCUAAAAGUUCUUCAACUAAUACAAGUGGUCAUUUAAAAACAUAUUCGAAUAAAUCGAAUAGAACAAAUUCUAGCUCAAAUAUUUCAAUGUCAAAUUUAAAAUUUAACAACAACAAUAAUGUAAAUAUAUCACAUGAAAAUCAAACAUUAAAAAAAAAACAUAUGUCAGAUUUUCCAGAUGAUUCUUUUGAUGAUUGUUUGGCAACCUGUAUAGAAGAUGAUAAAUUAGAAUCUAAAUUGUCAGAAUAUGAUUUUAGUCCAUCAAAUUCAAGCCAUAAUACAAGUCUUUCCAAAAGAAUACCCAAACUUGUUAUUUCUAAUGCAAUAACUAAUAAAAAAAUACCAAAUAAUUUUCUUUCAACACCAGGUGUAAAAGAAAAUAUCAAUAAUAAAAGUAAGCUUAUUACAGAUGAUUUAGUAGAAGAAGUUGAAACUAUAACAGAUAUAGAAACAUUACGAAAUUCUUUUCCUAGUAAAAAUUCCUUAGAAAACAGGAAAUUUUUUAGAACAAAGAGUUUAUCAGAUCAAUGUUUUUAUCAAUGUAAAUAUACUAAUGCAAAUAACAAAACAACAAAUGUAUUAAAAUCAAAUGCAGUUACUCAAUCAGUAAGUACUAAAUUUUUCAUUGUAAAAAAUCAGAAUUCGUAUAAAAAUAAUAAUUUUUUACAAAUUAAUGGCAUGGAAAAUACACAUAGAUUUAACAAAUUAGACAAGAAAGAAACUGAUAAUCAUAUUGUUAAAUACAAUUCUACUAAUAAUUUACUUAGCAUGAAAGAAAUAAAAGAAUCUCAAUCUGUACGAUGUACACCAGAAGAAAUAGAAAGAAAACGAUUGGAAGCAAAGAUGAAACUUGAAGCAAAACGUAAAUUACAACAAAAAAAUAUAAAAUCAAGUGAUAAUUUGUUAGAAAGAAGAUCUCCAGGGAAAAAAUAUGUAAAAAGGUGAUAGACUGGUAUUAUUUAAAUAUAUAAAUCAAUGAAAUCAUCUUUUACAAUUACACUAUGUUGUUUUAUUUAGAAUUAUCGUGCCUAUUCUUUAUAUUUCUGUGAUUCUAAUUGUAUAAAAAUAUAUAAUUAUUUG